CACAUGCUCCUUAUUUGAGCGUUCCCAGCGGCGACCUUUUUUAUUUUUUUGCUUGUUCAGUAUUGGGGCGGACGCCAAGGGUCAACUGCAGACUUGGAGAUCCCUGAACGUGUAGCGAUCGACCAAUCUUCACUUUCCCAUCCGCCUGCACGCAAUCCCUUCUCUCUCUACGACUCUCUAAAGUCUACAUAAUUACCUCGCAUCUUUUCGGAUUUGUAGCCAGUAACCGCGCAUUGCCGAUACAUGACACAUUCGAGUCCAACAAACAUUUAAUCGAAAGAGCGACGACCCGGGAAACGACAGGAUGGAUCCCGUAUCUUCGGGCUUGGACCCCACACUCCCUCUGGAGACGUUUGGUAAUACCACAGAUCCCACGGGAGGCGAUUCGAGGUUAUACAAUCUCAAUGUGUUUUACAAUCCCGGCGAUAUCGCUUGGAUGAUCACAUCAACCGCCCUCGUGCUUCUUAUGAUACCGGGUGUAGGCUUCUUCUAUUCCGGGCUGGCACGCAGAAAGUCGGCGCUAUCGCUACUAUGGCUGUCUGUCAUGGCGACUGCAGUCGUCUCUUUCCAAUGGUUCUUCUGGGGUUACUCUCUAGCCUUUUCGCACAAGGCUGGAAAGUAUAUUGGUGCGCUGGAUAACUUUGGCCUGAUGAAUGUGCUGGGUGCUCCUUCGGUGGGAAGCCCGCGUAUUCCUGAUCUCAUGUUCUGUGUCUACCAGGGCAUGUUUGCUGCUAUCACCGUUGCACUUGCCGUUGGAGCUGUUGCCGAGCGAGGACGCAUGCUACCUUGCAUCAUCUACAUGUUUGUCUGGACGACUAUCAUCUACGACCCCAUUGCAUGCUGGACCUGGAACUCAUCUGGAUGGGUCUUCCAAAUGGGUGGCUUGGACUUUGCUGGCGGAACUCCGGUUCACAUUGCAUCCGGAUGUGCUGCCCUCGCCUACUCUUACAUGCUUGGAAAGCGAAGUGGUCACGGUACCCAGGAACUCAACUACCGUCCCCACAACGUCACGCACAUUGUUAUCGGCACUGUAUUCCUCUGGGUGGGGUGGUUCGGCUUCAACGCUGGUUCGGCUCUGUCUGCUAACCUACGCGCUAUCAUGGCUGCUGUAUGCACCAAUCUUGCUGCCUGUGUUGGUGGUAUUACCUGGUGCCUAGUUGACUACCGUUUGGAACGCAAGUGGUCCACCGUUGGCUUCUGCUCCGGUGUUAUCGCUGGUCUUGUCUGCAUCACCCCUGGUUCUGGAUAUGUCCCUGCCUGGGCUGCUGUUGUUUUCGGUGUGUGUGGUGGUGUUGCUUGCAACUACGCGACGAAGCUCAAGUAUUUCCUCCGCUGCGAUGAUGCCCUCGAUAUCUUUGCUGUCCAUGGCGUUGGUGGCUUCAUCGGAAACAUCCUCACUGCGUUUUUCGCUACUGACUACAUUGCGCAUCUCGAUGGUUACACUGUUAUCGAUGGUGGUUGGCUCAACCACCAUUGGGUGCAACUUGGCUAUCAACUUGCCGAUUCUUUCACCGGCGGCGCAUACUCCUUCCUCGGGACCUGUCUUAUCCUCGGAGCUCUUGACUUUAUUGGCAAAUUCAUCCCCGCCUUCAGGCUCCGUGCGACGGAAGAGGAAGAAGCUGCUGGUAUUGAUGACGUCGAGAUUGGCGAGUUCGCGUACGACUACGUCGAGCUCACCCGUGAGGUCAAGAUCCCUGAUGACGACAUAAUCGACGAGGGCAUGUCAACGCAUUCGCUCGAAGGUCACGGUGCUGGCAUGGCCAUGACGAGCCACCACGAGAAGAACCAAGACUCUGUUGAUUCGGCCAACCAGCUCGCUGAAUGGGCACAUCGUGCGUAAUAAGCUCGUAGCUUGUAUUUCAGUUAUUUUUUCUCGCACCAUAUAUCGCUUUAUACCAAUUUGUUUCAAUAAAGUCUAGGAAGCUUGACGCUCUGUACGUGUGUAUGUAAGUGGUUAUCGACGAUGUAAAUGAUGGGAUCAGACCUGGAAAGAGUAGAGCAAACUUAUUAUCUGUUGACCUCUUUACCACGGCUCUAUGAAUAUGUAGAAAUAAUCCUCAUUAUGUUAUAAUCAUGCGUGGUCCAUAUCACUCUAUCGCCUUUGACUAUGAAGAUCCAUCCUGUGACUGUGUCUGGCGUCGAUCGAACCCAGCAAACAUCCAACGUACGUCUCAGGGAUGCUCAUAGUGCAUAGCAAUUUCUGUGGAACACUCCAUCAUUAGGAAUGUUCUUGUAAGCGUCACGUCAAUGCGAUACUCCAAACGCCAUGGCUUUG